GGUUUAGUAUCGAUAAGAUAAUCGCUCUCCGACCCCCGCGAUAUGCAAAAACAAAGGUUUCGUGAAUGAUUUGAAUCAAUAUUAUAAAUUUGGCUGAUUAUAUUUAAAGGUAUGUAUUAGAUUGCAGAGUCAUGUUAACGUAGGAAAUUGGGCUAAUCGAAGGUGGUCGAAGUAAUAUAUAAUCCUUAUCUCAGACGACCGGCAGACAUGGCUUAUAAAAGGGGUCGCUCUGCUCCGGAUGAAGCCAAUCGGCGGAAAACAUUCGGCAGAAAUGGCGAGGAUCGCAAUAGUGCUACUACUUUUUGGCCUGGCCACGACCAGUGCCCUCAACUUGGACGAGGAAGUGGACAGGGGAAUCCAACUGGAUGUGCAGGAUUACCAGCGUCUGAACAAACUGAGGCAUUUGGCGGAGGAGUUCUUUCAACUCACCCAGAAUGCUACCUUGGAGGAUGUGGUUCCCGAAGGUCGGUUGCCCACCGUCAGUGAUUUGCAGUGCUACGCGGACUUUGCCCAGUUGACAGCGGGAUUGGCCAGCGGCAGCCUUUGGGCCUUCAGAAUGAUCGACUCCUGGGGAUCCAUUCCGGCUGGCAUCCUGAAGGGUCACCUCAAGGACUUGGGUCACUACGACGAGUGUGUAGCCAUCGAGCAGACUUCUGCAACUGGAUCGAGUCUGCUGGGAAAGUACUGCCUGGCCAAUCUGCCUCUGCAAGAAUUACUAGGAAAUGCCGGUGGCAUGAUGAGGAUGAAUGUCCAGUCGGCCGUUUGCUUCCCCGCCUCCUGCUCCGCCUCCAAUAUGGAUACACUUCUGAAGCGAGUCCUUAAGCAGCUGGUUGGACUGGAGCUGAAUGCCAACACGAACUUGGUCAGCGAAAACUCCUGCAAAACUUCGGAACGCGAGGACUACGACGCCAUGACCAUUUUCACCAUUGUUCUUUUGUCCGUGUUUGCCGGAGUGGCUGGUCUUUCCACACUUUAUGACUACUUUAUUUGCGAAGAUCAAAAGAAACUGCCUGCCCUGAUUAAGAUUUUCUCCGUACGUGCCAAUUCCCGAUCGCUUUUUCGCGUCACCACCAAACCCAAUCCAAAUGUGGUUGAGUGCCUGCAUGGAUUGCGAGGCAUGUCCUUGAUCUGGGUGUGCUUUGGUCACGACUAUAUAAUUGGCAUCACCUCGCCCAACAUUAAUUUGUACGAUGUCUAUACGUGGGCAAAGACACCUUUCAUGGACGUUAUCUACGAAGGCGUAUUCGCAGUGGAUAGUUUCUUCUUCAUUAGUGGACUUCUGGUGGCAAUGGUUGCCCUGCGUUCCAUGGAAAAGGCCAAGGGCAAGCUGAAUAUUCCGCUGAUGUACCUCCACCGAUAUCUGCGACUCACACCCAUCGUGGCAGUAUCUAUUCUGGUCUAUCUGAAGCUACUGCCCCUCGUGGGCGAUGGUCCGCUGUACGGCAACUGGAACUUUGAUAGCUACGAUAACUGCAACGACAACUGGUACUGGACAUUGCUCUACAUUCAGAAUUACGCCACCAGUCAGGAAUGCCUGGCCCACACUUGGUAUCUGGCCAUCGAUAUGCAGCUCUAUAUCCUGGCUCCCAUCUUCCUGAUCAUCGUGUACAAGUGGGGCAAGAAGGGAGCUGCGGUGGUGCUGCUAGUUCUGCUGGGUUUCGCAGCCUACUUGUUCAGCAUAAUGGUGGUCAACGAUUACUCUCUGAUGAACGGAGGCGGCGGUGGAGGGCCAAAUGAGUACUCCGAGGACCUAUCGCACUACACGCACAACAGGACCUCCGGCUGGAUGGUGGGCUUCCUGUUCGGUUACUUCCUGCACACAAUUAGAGGAAAGCAAAUCAAGCUGAGUCGUCCUGCUGUCUGGCUGGGAUGGAUCACCAGUCUGGCCCUGCUCUGCACCUGCAUCUUCGCCAUGUAUCCUUAUGGCAUGACCAAAUCCAAAACCCUGCCCAUCUUGAAUGAGGCUUUCUAUGUGACUCUCUCCCGAAUUGCCUGGCCUUUGGGUUUGAGUUGGGUGGUCUUUGCCUGCAUGCAGGGGUACGGCGGACUGGCCAACUCCUUCCUCACCUCGCCCCUUUGGCAGCCUCUGUCGAAGCUCUCCUUCUGCGUCUACAUGGGUCAUCUGUUCAUCCAGAACCUCAAUGGUGGGCGCACGCGAGUGAACACCUACUUCUCCAACUACGAUAUUAUGCUGCGCUUCUGGCAGGACUUUGGGUUCUCUGUGUUACUCGCCUAUGUAAUGUACGUCUUGAUCGAAGCUCCUUGCGGAGGAUUGGAGAGCCUGAUCCUUCCCAACCGAAGACCAGCUCCCCAGCCAAAACUUCCCCCUGCAGAGGCGAAUCCAGAUGCAAAUCCUUCGCCUGCGGAUCUGGAGAAGCAGACUCCAGAACCAAUUUCAUUCUCCAACGAAAGUGCUUCAGCUCCUCCUCUGGAAACCAAAGCUGAACUGCCAACUAACGAAGAAAAAGAAAUUAAUACCACUAAUUAAGAACAUUAAGAAAGCCAAA